AUGAUUAGCCGGAGUUUGAGAAGAGGUUGCAUUCGAGCUUAUUCAGCCGCCAGAACCGCAAAAUUCGAUGCCAAGUUGAAGCCAAGCGAAGUUCUAGUCAACGUAGAAGCGCACACAGUGAGGUAUUCGCAUUAUAUUCCAAGUUUGGCGGACUUUGGUAAGUUAUUUUGAACUUUUUUGUUGUUCUUCAAAUUUUAGGUAUUACUUUUGAAAAAUGGUUUGGAUGAAGAAGAUAAAGAUGGGUUUUGAAUCCGUAUUUUGCCUAGCAAUGCUGAAGAAAGGUUCUUCUUUCUUCUGAAUUGUUGUCGAGCAGUCUUAGUUUGACUGAUUAGAAAAGAAAACAAUUUUUUGACAAAGGGGCACCAUGAGUAAUAUUAGAGGUCAAAAAUGUCCAAAUUCUCUCAAAUUUUUAAUUACCCAAUGACCCAUAAUCUUCGUGGGAGUCCUAACCUCCUUUCUCUGUUUGAUAAAUUUAUUUUCAGGCACGGAAUUAGUCGGGACAAUCGAAAAAGUUGGUGAGGAUUCGGAUUUUAGUCCAGGCGACAGAAUUUUCGCUGGAACUUCACGAACUGCGAAUCUUAAUGAACCGGUUCUGCUUCACAACUUCGACAACAAAGUAAUGAUACUGCCAGAGACCUUAUCCGCUCCAGAUGCGCUGGCAUCCGUUGGGAAUUACGCCUUGGGAUACAUGGCUUUGAAGAGAUUGGCACUUGAGAAACAAGGGCAAGUUUUUGACUAUUAUUUCUUUGUUUUUAGUGAAAGAUUUGCAAUAUCGAUGCACAUAUGCCGUAUUUUACAAAAUUAUUUGAUUCGGCCCAGUCUUCAUCAUUUUUUUUCGUCGGCAGUCUCAUGGAUAAUAUAAUUUUUCAGCAAUUCCAUCCUUCUUCUUGGCCAAAAUAGAUCUCUGAGUGCUGCGAUUCUCGACCUUGCCGACAAUCUUUUCGAAUGCGAAGUGACAGGAGUAUCGGACGACAAAUUAAUUCUGGAAAGAUUCGAAGAGGAUGGAUGUGAAGCUCUGAACUGGAAAGCCGCGGAUUUCCCUCAAAAUGUGUUGGAUAGAACGUUCGGAAAGGGAACUGACUUUGUUAUCGACACAGUUGGCGGUGAUGCAUUGGGUGUUUUGCAAAAAUGGUAAGGAUUUUCGAUGAGAGGAAGACUUGACUCAAAUUCAAAUUUUUUGAGUCAACUCUUUCCCUCGGUCAAAAGUGGCUUUGUUUGUUACCGGAUGUUGUUUCCAGUGUAAAACCGAAUGGUUUAAUCUUCCUGCUUGAUCAAUCGUCCGGAAAAAUCCCAGUAAUUGAUAGCAAAACAUUGAUUGAACGGAAUUCCUCGAUAUCUUCCUUAUCCAUCCCAAAACAGAACCCCGCCGACGUCCGACAAGCCUUCCACAUGGCAAUUCAAAUAUUGGAAAGUGGAAUGCCUCGAGGAGUGAAGCCCAUAGUAGUGGAGACGGAAGAGGAAGCAAGGAAGUCAUUAGUGGACAAUAAAUUGAUCGGCCAAGUCGUGAUGAUCCACAAAAAUUAG